CGCCGAGACAUCCGGAGGGGGGGAAAGGGCGAGUACUAUGCACCGUUGUCGCUGUCUCACAUCGGACACCGAAGUAACCUCAGCCGGGGAGAGGCGCUCGUAACGAUACCCGCCCCUCCGAAGUGACGCGACCUCCUGGAUAGUUUUAGUCCACCCGGGGGUAGCGAGCUGCAGGGAUGUUUGCUGCCGUGGAGCAUGGCCCGGUCAUCUGCAGCGACUCCAACAUCCUCUGCCUGUCGUGGAAGGGCCGGGUGCCCAAGAGCGAGAAGGAGAAGCCGGUGUGCAGGAAGCGCUACUACGAGGAAGGCUGGCUCGCCACCGGGAACGGCAGAGGGGUGGUCGGGGUCACGUUCACGUCUAGCCAUUGCAGGAGGGACCGGACAACCCCGCAGAGAAUAAACUUCAACCUCAGAGGACACAACAGUGAGGUGGUCCUGGUGCGAUGGAAUGAGCCCUUCCAGAAGUUGGCCACCUGCGAUACAGACGGAGGGAUCUUUGUUUGGAUCCAGUAUGAGGGCCGCUGGUCUGUGGAGCUGGUCAAUGACCGUGGUGCUCAGGUGAGCGACUUCACCUGGUCCCAUGAUGGCACCCAGGCUCUCAUCUCCUACCGUGACGGCUUCGUCCUGGUGGGUUCAGUCAGCGGGCAGAGACACUGGUCCUCCGAGAUCAACCUGGAAAGCCAGAUUACCUGUGGCAUCUGGACCCCUGAUGACCAGCAGGUGUUGUUUGGUACCGCAGAUGGACAGGUGAUAGUGAUGGACUGCCACGGGCGCAUGUUGGCUCACAUUCUGCUGCAUGAGUCGGAUGGCAUUGUCAGCAUGUCCUGGAACUACCCCAGCUUCCUGGUGGAGGACAGCAGUGAGAGUGACACGGACUCCGACGACUACUCUCCACCAAAAGUGCACAGCCUGAAACCACUGCUGACUGUCAGCUUCACCUCUGGAGACAUCAGCCUGAUGAACAACUACGAUGACCUCUCUCCCACUCUCAUCCGCACUGGUCUCAAAGAUGUGGUGGUGCAGUGGUGCUCGCAGGGCGACCUCCUGGCUGUGGCGGGGAUGGAGAGAGCCCUGCUCCCUCCCGACCCCUCCUGCCCUCCCCUCCCCAGAAACGCCAUCGUCAAGUUCUACAACGUUCGUGGUGAACACAUCUACACACUGGACACGCCGGCACAGCGUCCCAUCACCACGCUGUGCUGGGGUCACCGGGAUUCUCGUCUGUUCUUGGCAUGCGGCCCAGCGCUCUACGUAGUGCGGGUGGAGCACCGCGUGGCCAGCCUGCAGCUGCUCUGCCAGCAGGGCAUCGCCACGGCACUGAAGGAAGAAAAGGACGUGGCCAAGCUCACCAUGCCUUCCCGCCUUUGUUCUUACGUCACCACCGCUUUCAUCCCCACCAUCAAGCCUCCCAUCCCAGACCCCAACAACAUGCGCGACUUUGUGAGCUACCCGACAGCUGGAAAUGAGCGCCUGCACUGCACCAUGAAGCGUACGGAGGACAACCCUGAAGUAGGGGGCCCCUGCUACACUCUUUACCUGGAGUACCUCGGGGGUCUGGUGCCCAUCCUCAAGGGCCGACGAAUCAGCAAACUGCGCCCUGAGUUCGUCAUCAUGGACCCCAAGACAGACGGAAAAGCAGACGAGGUGUAUGGCAACAGUCUGAUAUCCUCCAUGAUUGACAGCUGUAACUGCUCAGACUCCAGUGACAUUGAACUCAGUGAUGACUGGGUGGGCAAGAAAUCUCCAAAGAUAUCCAGAGGCAGUAAAUCUCCCAAACUGCCCAGAGACUUAGUCUGUCCCUUUACCAACAGGAUCAACAUUGAUCCCAGAAAAUCGCCCAAACUGUCCCGCGCGACACAAGAGAUCUCCAGGUCACCACGGUUACCCAUACGGAAACCCUCAAUAGGUUCACCUAGUCUGACACGGAGAGAAUUCCCUCUAGAUGAUAUAACUCAGCAAAACUACCUUGCUCAGGUCACAUCCAAUAUUUGGGGAACAAAGUUCAAAAUUGUGGGGCUCGCCACGUUCUUGCCAACUAAUCUUGGCGCAGUUAUCUAUAAGACCAGCCUCCUCCAUCUGCAGCCCAGGCAGAUGACCAUCUACCUGCCAGAAGUGCGUAAGAUCUCCAUGGACUACAUCAAUCUGCCUGUCUUUAGUCCCAAUGUCUUUAGUGAGGAUGAAGAUGACCUGCCUGUCACGGGUCCCACUGGUGGCGCCGAUGACAACCCACCCUGUACUGUCAACAUCCCUAUUGCCCCCAUUCACAGCCCUGCCCAGGCCAUGUCCCCCACACAAAGUAUUGGUCUAGUCCAGUCACUCUUGGCCAAUCAGAAUGUGCAGCUCGAUGUCCUGUCGAAUCCCACAGCAACACCUGCUGGGGCCGCUGCCAGUGGAUCAGACCAAAGCCAGGACACCAUCUUGACGGCCCAGUACACAGUUCCCACCAGGUACUCCAGUCCGGGUCAGGUCAUCUUUGGAGGGCUGGAAAUGGCUCGCCUUAUGGUGGGGCCUCCUCCUUCUCAUCAUCCAUCACAGCUACAACACCAACAACCAAGUCACCAUCAACAGCAGCAGCAGCACCAACAACAACUCCAACACCACCAACAGAUGCAGCACCACCAACAACAGCUUCAACAACAGCAGCAGCUCCAACAGCAGCAGAUCCUCCAGCACCAACAACACAUACAGCAGCAGCAGCUUCAGCAACAGCACAUUCAGCAGCAGAUCCAACAAAUACAGCAGCAGCAGCAGCAACAACAUCAACAACAGCUUCAGCACCAGCAACAGCUCCAACAGCACAUACAGCAGCAACAGCAACAUCAACAACAGUUACAACAACAGCAUCAACAAAUUCAGCAGCAACUACAACAACAGCAGCAGCAGCAGCAACAACAACAAAUUCAUCAUCAACAGCAAUCUCAGCAGCAGCAUCAAAUGCAACAACAGCAGCACCAUCAACAAAUUCAACAGCAGCAGCAGCAACUCCAAAUUCAAAUCCCUGUUCCAUCUAUGUUAUCAGGACAGCCUUCGGGUGCAGCUGUGCACCAGCUUCAGCCAGGGGCGCUGCAGAUUCAGAUUCCUCAUCCACCUGCUGAUUUGGUGGUUGAGAGAGGGGUGGGGGGCGAACAUGAGCACCUUCUGAAAAUCAAACCCACCCGAUCAGCUCCUCAGCUGGCUGAGGGUGACACAGUGGUGUUCAGUUCCCCCCUAGAACUAAGCAAGAUGAAUCCCCCUCCCCCCUACCCUGGAACAGUGGCUGCAGCUGUGGCUGCUGCAGCUGCGGCUGCUGCCUCAGCAGCAGCUUCCGCUGCAGCCUCCACUACUGCAUCUGCAGCAGCAGGGGGCAGCAGUGGGACUCCUCCACCUGCUGACCUUUGUUUGAAGAAGGGAGAGUUCCCUCUGUAUCCUUCAAGCCAGCAGCCAGCGCAGUACCCCACACCACUUGGCUAUGAGAGGAUCACAACUUUUGACAGCAGUGGGAAUGUUGAAGAAGUUUGUCGGCCUCGCACGCGCCUUGUCUGCAAUCAGAACGUCUACACACUCCAGGGACCGGGCAGCUCUGCCACUCUCAGGGUCACCUCCUCAUCAUCCUCUUCUUCAGCUGAGGGGAAGAAGAUCCAGCUACCCUAUGCCUCUGCCACUCUUAACAGACUCACUGUGCCACGCUACUCCAUACCCAGCGGAGACCCACCCCCAUACCCUGACCCAGCCAAUCAGAACAAUACUGUUGGCAGGAACGCUGGACAGAGGCUUGACAGUAGUGUGAUCCAUGCCACUCUCAGGAGGAACAGCCGCGAGGCCGCUCUCAAAGUCUCCCAGAUGCUGGAUGCACCCAGACCCCUGCCUCCGAAGGCCAAAAACAGUGGUGCACUAGCAGCCUCGUACCAACAGAGGGUGCCGACAGCCUUAUACACCUGUAGUCAGUGUAGCAGUGGAUCCAGUGUUGGAGGCACUGCUCCAGGGAGCACUAAUGGGAUAGCAGGAGGGACUAUCAUCAGGCAGGAUUUUCCCCCUGGGAAUGGUGCACCACACAGUACAGUCAUUGUUCACUCCAACAGUGCUACUCCUCUGACCUCCCAGUCUUCUUACAAUCUGCUGGGUGCGCUUGAGGCAUCUGGGACGGGGGGAGGAGGAGCAGCAGCAGGUGGAGGAGGUAAUAGAGACAGGGCUGACUAUGUGAACUCAGCUUUUACUGAGGAUGAAACACUGAAUCAGUCAUUGAGGCAUCUGGCACUUGGAGGAAGUGAUGUAUCAGGGAUGGUUGUCAAACGCCCCCCUCCCUAUCAGUGGGACCCUGCUGCCACAGAGGAGGUGUGGGUUCCUCAGGAAAGGACAGCAACCCUGACCCCUACUGGACCCCCUGCACCCCACAAACCACCACCCCUCAUCCUUAGCCCAGCUCAGCAUUUAGAUGUGUCUCGACUGCCUUUUGUCCUUUCUCCAAAGUCCCCCACCAGCCCCAGCGCUGCAUCAUUCCAAGCUGCAGCAGCAGCCGCAGGCUACCAGAUCUCACUCCAGUACCCCCCUGGCACUGCCUAUUCUGGUCCACAGCUCCAGCCCAUUCCAGGGUCACCACGUCCCUGUUCCUCCCCUAAGGAGGUAGUGGCACCAGUACCCUUUUCUCAGCAGGAUACUACCCUGGUCCUGCCACCUGGUUACCCUGCAAACCUGGCCAACCUAGCCUGCUGCCCUCUGCCACCCAUGUAUCCAGGUGGAAGCUCCUGCGCUGGACUUCCCAUUCCGCCUAUUGCCCUGCAUACUCCCUGGGGCACCUAUAAUUCCUGCCCUCCCAUUCCUGGUCCCGCUGUGCCAUUGCCUCCCAAAGCCUCCCACAUGGCAGCUGAGAAAAACGUUGUCUCGCCCCCUCCUCCUCCACCACCUCCUCCUCCACCACCUCCAGCAGAGUUGCAGAAUCAUGGGGGUUUGCCGGAGGCCAUGGCAGAGACUGGAGAGGGAUUCCAGGAGGUCCUAUCCCUCACUGAGAGCCCUGUGCCGCAGCGCUCCGAGAAGUUGAGCAAGAAGAACCGUAAGCGGGCAGACGGUCGGGCUGAAGAAGCUAAUGUGCCACCCUUGGCUGAGGGGAACAAAUCCAAGAAGGAAGGCCGGGCUUUGGGUGAUUUCAACUCGCUUAUCUCCAGUCCACGACUAGGAGGCAGGGACAAGAAGAAACUGAAGGGACAGAAGGAGCAGCAGAUGAAGGCUAAGAAGAUGAGCAAGGCCCCUGCCUCUAGUGAAUUCCAGGACAGUUCAGAGAGCGAGCCAGAGCUCUUCAUCAGUGGGGAUGAGCUGCUCAACCAGUGCCAGAGUGGUAAGAAGGGUUGGAAGAGCAAAAGGAGUCUUCGAGCUGCCAGCGAACUGGAUGAGAUAAAGUGUCGAAAGGCCAACGAGAAGGAGGACCGUGGGCUGGGCAGCCAGGGUUUUGUCUACGUCAUGGCCAAUAAGCAGCCGCUGUGGAACGAAGCCACACAGGUCUACCAGCUGGAUUUCGGGGGACGCGUCACACAGGAAUCAGCCAAGAACUUUCAAAUUGAACUCGAGGGGAGACAGGUGAUGCAGUUUGGCAGGAUCGAUGGUAACGCCUACAUCCUGGACUUCCAAUAUCCCUUCUCUGCUGUGCAAGCUUUUGCAGUUGCUUUGGCCAAUGUCACACAACGCCUCAAAUGAGAUGUCCCAUCCCUGCUUACACUGAGGAAUCUGGGAAUCGAAUACAAUCUGCUGAAGGGGCAAACAGUUCUUUCUGUUGAAGCUGAUAAACUUUGAUUUGGGAGAGGAUCCUGAACUGAGCCCUGGUCUGCAUAGAGGAAACAGAUACAAUCACACUGCACUACACAAUGCUGCCACUAGAUUUGGUGCAAUAAGCAUUGGCUGCAGUAGCCAAGGAUGUCCCCAGAUUUGCUCGGUUUGGCAGUCAGUGGCGCCUUGCAAUGCCCGCGGGGCCAAAGAGCUGAGCUUUCGGUAAUCAUCAUGCAAAUAAAUGCUGCUUUAGCUAGAAGAAGCUUCUAGACAUGACAACCAAAUGGUUAACUGAGAGAGGAAUUGUCUCUGUGCGGUUUUGAAAGGAAGCAGCAGUAAUACUUGAAAAACACAUUCUGGAGAUUGAAGUUGCUUUUGCUUUCUUCUUUCCCAGAGCGCACAGGUACUACUGGGCACUGAAAUCCAUUGCUGUACAAAACUUCACUGAAACAGUUACCACUUUAUUAUACAGCUUUUGCUUUUAGGAAUUUAUUAAAUGAUGAAACUUUGUGGAGGGUAGGAGGGUCUUUUUGUUUUUGCUCUCUGCCAUUCCUUUUGUUACUAUCUCAGUCUUUAUUGGCUGGAAUUGAGGUUUAGAUAUAUGCAUUGUUUAGAAGCACUAUUAUAAACGAGUUUGCAAGUUUCCCUGUUACAAACUUGGAAAGUUAAGGGAAUAUAUAUAUAUAUAUAUGUGUGUGUGUGUGU